AUGACGGAGUACUGGAAGUCCAACCCCAUGUACUGGUGCCAGAUCUGCAAGGUCUGGCUGCAGGACAACGUGACCGCCAGGUCGAACCACGAGCGGGGCAGGCGGCACAAGGAAAAUCUGGCGAAGAAGCUGCGUGACAUGAGGAAGACAGCAGAUGAUCAAAUCACUGAAAGGGAGCGAGUGGAUGCCACCCUCAAGACCAUAGAAGCCAAGGCCCAGGCGCAGUAUGAGGCAGACCUCAAGGAACAAGCCACCAUCCAGGCACCCCGUCCUCAGACCCCGCUCGCCAACCAAUCAUCAGCACAGGAGAGCCAGCCAUCGACGUCCCAGCACGGCACUUGGGAAGACGAUCCUGAUAGCGGGUAUCACUACCACAGUGUCUACAGGCACUACUAUGACCCGAAGUCUGGAUGGUAUUACGGAGGUGACCCCCCGCAAUGGACUCAGCAGCCUAACAUUCCGGAGGCAUGCAGGUUUGGGGGGACAUGUCAAAGCUGUUGGCAGUUAGGGCAAGCUGGAGGGACAGGAGCUGGGGAUGCACUGGGAACCGGCCGGUCGGCUUCAGCCGAUCCUGCACAGCUGUAUGAGGAGCGGACAGUGAAGGUGGUGGUCCCUUCGCACCCUUUAGCCCAGCUCGGAGGUCAUGGCAUGCCAUCGGGGGGAAAGGUAGGGGCUGCAAAGAAUCUUGUUGCCGUCGAGCCCAAGGCGAGCAAGAAGCGGGAGAGGGAGGAGGAAUUGGAGGAAGAUGGCUUGGAUCAGGAAGAGUUGGAGGCGCGCAGAAAGCGGGCAGCUGCACGGGCCAGGGUGGAGCAGCGAACCCUGGCCAAUUUUGGGCUGGGAUAG